CAGAACUCCAUCGUAUCUAGCGGCGGUGGUGUGGCGGCGGCUUCGAGCUGAUUCACAAGUUUCGGGAACGAAAUGGCCACCAGAAAGCACUAAAACAGGAGGCGGGAGGAUGUCUGUGGAGGUGGACGUAUUGCUGCAGGAGGCGAAAGAAAGCAUCGAGGCGGCGCAGAACUACCGCAGUGAACUCCAGCAGCGCCUGCAUGGCCUCAACCAGGCCCGCAAACAGGUUCGGGGAAGCUCAGGUCAGGCCCGUGAGGCCCUCCGGAGGCACUUUGCAGAGCUGCAGGCAGCAGCAACGCGGUUGCUGACGGAGCGGCUGUCUGCCCUGCUGGCUGAGGUGGACACCAUCGAGGCCAACAGCGUCAAACCGCUGGAUGACUGUCAGAGCCUCAUCGAGCACGGGGUGGCCCAGGCCGACGAUCUGCUGAGAGAGGGGGAAGCAGCUCUGCGUUGCGGUCUUGGGGAGAAGGAGGACAAACUGGGCAGUUUCACUAAGAAGGCCAUGCAUAUCCAACUGGACAGUCUACCAGAGGUACCAGCAUUGGUGGACGUGCCCUGUGUUUCAGCCCAGCUGGACGACUCCCUGCUGGGGCUGCUGAGGGACCGGGUUUCCCGCCACGGCUCUGUCGCCUCCCACCCGCCCGUCCAGAUAGAGGAGCUACAGGAGAGACCGGGCGGUAUCCUGGUCCGCUGGUGUAAGGUGGACGAGGACUUUGCAGCAGCAGAUUAUCGGCUGCAGCACCGGCGGUCUGGCAGCGGGGGGAGCCAGUAUGAGGAUUCCUACAUUGGACGGGAGUGUGAGUUUCUGGUUCUCCACCUGGACCCGCACACAGAUUAUCUGUUCAGGGUCUGCGCCCGUGGGGAGGGUCGCACCGAGUGGAGCCCCUGGAGCAUCCCACAGACAGGAUACACCACGCUCGCACCGCAUGAGUGGUGUCCGGGCACCGAGGGCUACAUCCUGAGCAGCAGGAGAAACAUCGCCCUGCGCAAUGACUCCUCCCAGUCGCGCUGCCCUGUCCUCUACUCCAACGCACCCACCUACUUCUGUGGCCAGACGCUGACCUUCAAGAUCUCUGCAGCCAGUCAGAUGGAUCGCAGGGACAGUCUGGGCGUGUGCGUGGACAGCGGGAGGGGGGCAGAGUCACUUCAGAGAGACCAGGCCGUCUGCAUUUCCACCAAUGGGGCUGUAUUUGUAAACGGCAAAGAGAUGACCAACCAGCUGCCCGCCAUCAUCAUGGGCUCCGCCGUGACCUUUGACAUGGAAGUGGUGAACCUGUUUCCCGUCAGCAACAAUAACCUGAGUGAGGGGGGCAACUUCAAGCUGAGGGUGACCAUUGGCUCGGGGAACCGGGAGGUGGUGUUUGAUUGGCUGGUGGACCAGGCCGUGGACUGCCUCUUCUUCGGCUGCUCUUUCGUCCACUCCGGCUGGAAAGUGCUUGUGUUCUAAGGGUUCCGUCGCUCAGUUUUAAAAGAGAAAAGCAAGAGCGGAUCCUUCAGUCUGCUGGAGUUUAAGAGUUUCCUCACACGGGCUCCGUUGUCUUCAGUUUCAUCUGUUUUCUUCUGUUCUAUUUCCUUUUACAUCCGAAGCUCUGACAGGACGGCUGCAAAGUCUGGAAAAAUAGGAAAAUCAGUCAUUUCUUCCCUGAAUGGUCCUCAACUCAACAACGGCUAACUUUCAGAGGUCGGCUCUCCACAUCAGCGGCUGCCCACAACAUUCGUCAGUAAUUAUCCACGAAGCCUGGAAAUCCUGCAAUUCCUUCACGUAUCUUUCCAAACACGGAAAAUUCCUGGGACAAAACUGGCCAGCGAAUGUCCUGGAAAACAGUUCAACUUCGCCAGAUCUCGACGUCAAAGCAGCAGCGGAGAGGUUGCGACGAGAGGCACAAAUAGAAGUGAAACGUUAAGAAACACAGCGCGUUGUUAAACAGAAUUUAAAGCCGCUGUGAAGACUAAUCCUCAAAGACUCCUGCAGCCUACUACUGCAAAACCUAUUUCCUCUGGGGCCCAGUGAAGUAAAAACCGUAGCCUUUUUCACACUCUUCAGCCUCCUAACCCCUGACCCAAAGAGGGCAACGCAGGGUAAAGCUGUCAUUGAUGGUGCUCCAGAGGGAAUAUUUUUGCAGCAGCAGAACAGAUGAACAGGGCGGCAGACAAGUUUUAAAGAGCGUCCUGCUGCAUUUACCAGAGUUUUAGUUCUGUUUAUUUCGUCAAAAGCAGCAGCUUGUUUCUUUGGCUCAGAGGCACAGAUUCAGUCUGUUUACAUGCACAUAAGUAACUUGGUUGCUGUUGGGUUUCUGCAGUAAAAUGAAUCUUUCACUUGUUCAACAAACCUGGUUUCUGUUGUCAGGACUUAGAGAAACCUGACUUCCUCUGGAGAAACAACGAUGUCCGAGAAGUCCGUUUCCAAUCAGCUCUAACACGCGUGCCUGACAGACUUCACAGAGGGGAAAGCCAUCACUGUGAUAACUGCUCGCGCUAGCUACAGUCCUCUCGCUGAGUUGUUGCUCCAAAUGCUCCGACACAGACGAGGGGGGGGAAGAAAAAAAAAAAAAAUCAGCGAGCAUUUUGACAUAACACAGCCGCGCUUCCAAAACGGGGCGAGCUGACCUGCCGCAUGCAAGCGCACAUUCUGGGUAGAAGACUUUCUAAUGUGAAUGGUGCAUUUCUGCCCUUUAACCUCGUCUCACUGCCUCCACCAGUGAAGCCGCCGGGCUGUUUUUGGUCCGAACACCCGGUUAUCGCCUUUCUUAUUUUUCAGUAGCCUGCUUCCUCUGAGUCACUUGGUUUCUUUUGUGCAUGUAAACAGGCUGACUAUGACCGGGAGGGUCCCUGCCCUCCGAGGAAAGGGACGUGAUUGAUCCCGAUUUUUUUUUCCAGACUCUCUGCAAACCCCGUCGAUCAGAGCAGUCUCACAAACGUUGAGCAGGAACUGGUCGCUUUUCUUCAGGGAGCUGCGUCGGGAGGACCGACACAUUUGUGUUCACGGCAUCUUCUUGGCUUUUGGUUUGUUUUGUUUAAGUUUCCUGGGCCUUCUGAUAAGGGGGGCCGUUGUUUACAGCUAUUUUUAUUUUUAUUUUUUGGCAUCCCCUGUGAGCAGGGGAAGAGUUUGGAUGGGAGUUUUAUCUAUGCAUUGUCUUCAUUUAGCCAUAGUAACAGUUUGACAACUUCUGUAGAUGAAACCACAGCCUGUUAGGACACACACACACACGCACACUGUUCCCUGGAGGCCACGGGAUGUGUUUUUGGGAGCAGACAAUCUGCCACUGCCUCUUAAAGGUUUUGAACUGUUGAACCUGCUGGGUUUUGUUCUCUUUUUUUUUUAAACAUAAAAACCGUCACUGUGAAAGUCUCACCUCCUCCUGUAUUUUUCUUUGCGUCUUAAUCCUGCUGCUGCAAACGUUUAAAGGGACAGUUCACCAAAAAAACCCCGCAACCCACCCUGCGUGUCGCCUGCGUGUCGCCUGCGUGUCACCUGCGUGACUGAAGUUUUGGACUGAAUGUUGAGAGGUUUGGGGAAAUGGGCUGAAUCCAGCCUGAGUGGAGCCCAGCAGCCAGCGGGACGUCGCGAAGCCGCAACACCGCAAGCCUCAGAAAACAAAGGCAGUUGAAAGAUUCAGACCGAUAAUUGUGUCUCACCUAAUGCGACGACUGCAUUUGUCCUGUUGUCGCACAAAUACAGGGGAUCUGCAGGUCUGGAAAAGCCCUUAAAGCCUCAAGUAUUGAGAAGACUUACAUUUCAUUUACAAAAGUCUCACAUCAAUGUUUGUUUUGUUGUGUUUUUUUGGUUUUUCCGUCCAUCAGUCCAAAACUCAAGGGUAUUUCAUUUACUGGUGUAUGUGACCAGAAAAAGCAGCAAAUCUUUACAUUUUGUAGCUAAAACCAACAAGUGUUUGACAUUUUUCCUUGAAAAAUGACACAAAAAUUUUUUUCAAUCUUUUUAUAUUAUUAUUAUUUAUAAUCAGUUAAUCCAUCAAUCCAUUGUAAUGAUAAGUAAUUGUAGUUCCUAGGAAGUUAUGAUGGUGAAACAGGUCUUAAAUUUCUGUCUCUAACCCGGUGAACUCUACAGGAACCCUGCAAACCGGAAAGUUGCUCCUUUGUGUCUCGUAUUUUCCCUGGUAGUUUCAUUGUUUUCACGGCUUCGUACUUAGGCCAGUUUACCCUCGUGUGACUCACCUGACGUCGUCCGAGCCAAUUAGGAGCUUGAGAAGUGCUUGGGAAGAGGCGGAUUUAGCAGCUUCGGCUGUCGCCAGUCAGAAGCUGAAAAGAACGUGAGAGUUUCUCCGGGGUUUUUGGCUACGGCAACGUCUCUACAAAGGCAAUGAAGCAGACGCUUUGGAAAAGUUUAGUUCAGCCAGCUCAGCUUUCUAUUAGUUUUGUUAGUUUUAUGUUUGUUACUAUUUUCAGCCAGUUACCUUUGGAUCUGGCUUUAAGUAUUUUGUCAUCUCGCCAUAAAGAAGUGUUCUCUUCUUCUUCUUCUUCUUCUUUUUUUUAAAAAUUUGCUCAUUUAACUUUGAAUAUUGAAAUCCCAACAGAAUAUUAUAUCAUCUCUCGAGAACAUGUCCUGUGUUCUUGUGAGACGCCUCUUUGUCUCAGAGAGGAACAACUCCUACCGAUGAAAUGAGGGGGAAUAAAAAAGAACAGAACAUGAAGACGACCAGCCUUUGGUCCUGAGAUGAAGACACAGGUCGAGACGAGAAAAAGAAAAAAAAAAGAGAUGUGGCUGUAAGAACCGGAAGAAGCGAGUAAAGUUCUUUUUUUCACGUCAAACUGAAAUCCUUGACUGUCUCUGUGAAGACGGAGAAAAGCUGUUCAACAGCUGACAACUCCGGACAGACAGGUGGCGAUCUGGGCUGUAGAAGCAAACUUUGCCCUUAGGUUGAACUGUUGCCUUUCAAAUAAUGGAGCCGUUUCUCCGAAUCACCAGCUCUUACCCUGUUUUUUUUGUUUGUUUUCGCAUCGACAAUCUUGAACCGUGUCGACAAUCCUGCCGCCUGAACGGGAGGGUGAGCGUUUGCUUCACGAGCGAUGGUUGAUGGUCACUGACCAACGUGAGAGACGACCCCCGCUCGGUCGCCGGAGGCGGCUGCUCCUGCUGGGUCAUCAGAGACAGAUUAAUGUGAGGAUACCAGAUAGGAGACGCCGUUUGACCCGUGAACAGCAGAAAAACAAAGGCCUGGAAAACGUGACGCUUCCUCCUUUGGUCUUUAAUUCCUUUAACGGAUCCCGUAGAAUAUUUUAAUUGUUUGUAACCAGGGCUGCCACUGACCGUUAUUUCUAAGUAGUUGAUGAAUCGUUUUGUCUCUCAAACGACAGAAAACAGCGACAAAACGCCUCCACAGUCCGAGGUGACGCCUUCAAAUGUGCUGUUUUGUUCGACCGACAGUCUAAAACCCAAAGAGCCUCAGGUUACUGUGAUCUAAGAGAAAAGCAAAAAAAAAAAAAAACCCGACUCUGGGGAAGCUGGAAAUGUUUGGCAUCGAAACGAACAAACAAACAAAAAA